UGAUUGGAAGAAAAUUCAGUGAUUCUCAAGUCCAAGAAGACAUGAAGCUGUGGCCUUUUAGAGUCAUAAACGGGCCUGCAGACAACCCAAAGAUUGUUGUCACCUACAAAGGCCAUGAAAAGGAAUUUGUGGCAGAAGAAAUUUCAUCAAUGGUUCUUGGCAAGAUGAAAGAAACUGCAGAGACAUACCUUGGGAAAGCCGUGAAAAAUGCUGUGGUGACAGCCCCGGCUUACUUUAAUGACUCACAACGUCAAGCAACAAAGGAUGCUGGUGCCAUUGCUGGAUUAAACGUCAUUCGCAUAAUAAACGAGCCUACAGCAGCUGCAAUGGCAUAUGGUGUGGACAGUAAGUUAGAUAUUGUUGGCAAGAUAAAUGUGCUUGUCUUUGAUUUGGGUGGCGGAACCUUUGAUGUCUCUAUAUUGACCAUUGCUAAAAAUGGCACUUUUGAGGUGAAAGCUGUUGCCGGUGACACUCAUUUGGGAGGGGAGGACUUUGAUAACCGUAUGGUGGCUCAUUGUGUUUGAGAAUUUAAGAGGAAGUAUAAUAAUGACUUGACAGUGAAUAAAAAAGCAUUG